AGGCUUAGCAUCCCUCAAAGAUUGGUGGUCCGUCCCCAUCCAGUGAAGCGAGCGAUCACAUUUGGUCUGAACUCUGAACUCUGAAGAUUUCCUUUCUCUGCCCGACUGCCCUUUUCCGUUCUCUCGCUCUCCAGAGUCCAGACACUCUCUACCCUUUUACCCACUCACUCUGAUGAUUCAGUAAAGCCACCAACCGAAAAGAGGGGAACAGCAAAAUGUCAUUUGCACCAGCACCACCGAUUGCUCGUCUGCAGUCUCUAUUCCUCUCUUCACCUCUCACUCUCAAGCUCUCAUCUUCUUUCUCUCAAAGGACUAUCAGCAGGAAUCGACCGACGCCCGCUUCCUAUCCAUCCAUACGGGCCUUGGAUCUUGAUCAAAACACGGUUGUAGCUAUAACGGUGGGGGUAGUUAGCGUUGCGGUUGGUAUUGGAAUACCAGUCUUUUAUGAAACUCAAAUCGAUAAUGCCGCAAAGCGAGAGAACACGCAACCAUGCUUCCCUUGUAAUGGAUCAGGCGCUCAGAGAUGCAGAUUUUGCAUGGGAACAGGCACGGUGACAGUGGAGCUUGGAGGAGACGAGAAAGAAGUUUCGCGGUGCAUCAACUGUGAAGGUGUUGGCUCCUCGACAUGUACAACAUGCCAAGGUUCUGGUAUCCAACCUCGCUACCUCGAUCGCAGGGAAUUCAAAGAUGAUGACUAGGCUGAGAAGGAGGAGCACCAAUGACUAUCUCUGUAAUUGCGGGAUUGGAAUCAUUUGGCCAAUGAAUAUAUUACGUAUGAGCGGAUGUAACCAGGAACAACACGUUUUACAACAAUUAUUUCAUUUCCCACUUUGUUUUGUAAAUGUACUACGCCAAAUUUCCAUAACACAUUGUUUGGUUUGGUGCUAUUCCAUCCAUCCCUAAGAUCCACCUCUCUGUCACUCUCUCCACAUCCUCCAUUGACAUGUUAUGUAAAUAAAAAUGCACCAAGCUAAGCCAUUUGAUCUUUUAA